CUCGCUUGCAUACACAACUGCUUCGUACAUACAGAUGUGCCGAUGUGUGUGCACGCCGUGUGAUUGUAUGCGGGCAUGUAAACAUCGUGAGUGCCGCUGUGUGCGUGUAAAAUGCUGAAAUCGAAACGAGCGUGUGUGUUGCGCUCGUUGCUUUCGAGUUCAGUUCUCGUUUGUACUUGGUCGCGCGCGCGAGUGUGUGUUUUAGUCAGAGGAAAACUUUUACAGGAAAAUCAAAUCGUGAAGUGCAAAUAUUUUUCUUGUAAAUAUGAAUUGUGCGCAGUCAGCGUACUAAUACCGUUACGCAGAUUAGCAGGCACUGCAUAAAUCAAAACACAGGAAUACGAAUCGAACUGUCGCAUGCCAAAACAAAGUGAAAGUUAAAGAGACAACAAUAAAACCACUAGUGGCGCUAAAUCAAGAAGCCCACUGCCGCUGGUGCUGGUGCCGUUGUUUGGCUCGCUGCAUUGUUCGGCAGCGCAUACAAGUGUAUGUAUGUAUGUACAUGUGUUCGUGUGUUUGUGGUUAUGGUGCGUUUAAUGGCAACAGCUGCCGCUAGAUGGCGCUCGCGGCUGCUGUGUGCUUUAAUAGGCGCGAGCGAAGUCGCUGACGUCGGUUGGUCGCCGCAACGGUGUGCGUGUUAAUCGGAAUGCGUUUUUCGUUAGUUUCUACACUCGCGUGUUUUGAUAAAAUAUAAUGGCUCUUCUAGUGCCGAUUUUCUGCGUGUUGUGUAGCGAAAUAUCAGCAGAACAAGUGUUUGUUGCUAUUGCUUUUCUCUACGGCGCUAUGUGUGCUCCGUAGCGCUUGGCGCAUAGUAUUUGCAAUUGAGUUACUUCUAGACUCAGCUGUGCUUAGCGCUCCCGUCGCACCGCAAUGAUUCCACAAAUGCAUGCAUAGGAGAUGUACGCGACGGCGCUGACGUCUGUAAGACAGCGCAUAUCCAACGGGACAAUCUCACUGCUCGCCGCCUUCGUUAAUUCUAAUAAAAAACAAAGCUCGCGUCCAUUUCAAUCAAAUAGGCAUAAAUCAGAAAACAAAAAUACAUUGUGAAAAAAUUAAAAAUGUGUAAGUUUUACUGCAAAAAGAUUGCAUAAAAGCUUGAAGGCUACAGGACGUAGAAAAUUAUCAGUUGAAAAAUAGCAAGCGUUUAGUCAAUAAAAAGUGGAACUAAAAAUUUUAGUGAACUAAAAAGUGUCAGUUAAAAAUUUCAAAAUAAAGGAUUUUACAAAUCAAGUGUUUAAAAUAAAAAUCAUUAAGUUUAAAACAGAAUCAAGGCAAUGGAGAACCCAUCGUCCACAUUCGAGUAUUUAUGUCGUGUCUGUGCCGCCAACACAAAAGGCAAAAACUCUGUGGCCGAAUGUGUUUAUAUACUGAAGACGCCAGCAUUAAAGGAUAAGAUUGAGAGAUUCUUGUAUUUGACGAUUUCAGAAGAGGAUAUACUACCGAAGGUGUUAUGCAAGGCUUGUUUCCGCCAAGUGGAAGCCACUGCAUCGCUGUCAAAAAUCGCCAAACACACACAAAAGGUUUUCCGUGAUUUCAUCUUCAAUACAAAGUCGUGUUUGCAAGCUGAAAGCAGUGAAAGCAGCAACCCCACUACUAAAACUCCCCCAACCAAGUCGCCAAAAGAAUGUGCGUCUGUCACUCAAGUACCGGAGAAGCCGAAACCAAAGGAGCCAGAGAAGCCGUUUGUACAGAGCGCUGAAUCCACGCCACCAGCAUCACUGCCAGCAUCGUCGACAUGUGCCCACAAAGACGAGGUCGUACUAAAUGUCUCUGUUAACGAUCCGUUGACCCGCGAGACCCAGCACAAGAUGAUAACAGCAUCGCGUCGUCAGAAUUCGCUGGAUACGCGCUUCACACCGAAAUCUAUUGCACAACGUGGCUUUGCCAGUACGCCGAAGCAUACAGAAGUUGCAGCUUCCACCAAGAAGCCAACAACAUCGGGUGUCAUAAAUUUCUUUCCCAAUAGACAACAGCAGGUAACGACAGUUACAAGCGGUGGUUACGUAAUUGGUUGUGUACCUGAAACCGUGCCAACGAACAAAACUACAGCCGAUCAGCCUAAGCAGAACGCUAAUACAUUGCAACAGAAGCGUAAAAAUCUUAAAAAUGCAUUAAACAACAUCAAAGCCGUUAAUGCUGGCCAAGUUUCCUUACUAAAGGUCUCACAAAAGCUCGGUCAAAAUGCACAGGGUAACCAACCACAAUCGAAAGCUGUCGAGCCGCCAACUUUGUUGGUUGAAGAUGAUGUACCGGCAGAGCCGCUUCCAGAGAAGAUGAUAAUUGCCGCAACAAAACAGCAAAAACAUCAAGUACAAGUUUCUCCUCAGUCCACUCCACAUAACGAGCCAACAACCGAGCAACAAAUGCAAUCGGAACCGACGGAUUUGUCACAGUCGGCCAGACCCAGUAUUCCCGAUGACAUCUUGCUCGGUAAAGUAAUCAAAGAUGGAGAUCUGCUCAAACUCAUAUUGAAAGCACUGAAAUGGCCGGUGAAUAAACACACAAUGGAGGCGCAAUUGGAACGUUUGCGUAACUCACGUUUUGCCACCAUAAUGGCUGAUCCGAAUCUGCUGCAAGACGCCGAUCUUACACAAAUAAUGGGACCCUAUUUGGGUCCGGUUUUGCAGGCGGCACAAAUGUUGCAACAGCAACAGCAACAAGUAGCAGCAGCAGCUGCGGCGGCUGCAGCAGUCACCAAAGAAACGGAGUUGCAAGUGGCUGGCAUAACAACAGCGUUGCCGUACAAACUGCCGGCAGAGACUUCAGUGCAGUUGGUGCCAGCUAGCCCAGAAGAAGAUGCGGAAGUAACAGACGUCACACCGAAGACGAGCGCUUCGAAUCAAUCAUUGAAGCGAGACGCAGAGAAUGAUAAUAUAAAAUUAGCACCUCCCAAAAAGGUGCGAAAAGUGUCGGCACGUGGACGCAGCGCGUCGAUAUUUAACAACGAUGAAUACGCUGCUUUGAAUUCUACACUCACUUCGCAGUAUCUAAAUUCCAAGUCGACACCCGACAUUCACGUCGAUCUCGAUCCAGCGGCAUUAUUUACACAUUUGAGCAUGUUAAGCGGUCUCAGUGCCACCAGCUCGAAUGAUGCCUUGCUGGCACUGCUACAACGGCAACGCGCCGCUCUCAGCCGCAUGCAACAGCCCCAGUCACAACCACAGCCCAGACGUCAGCGUAGCAACUCGAUUAUCACAGUGCCCGCUAGCGGAAGUGAUUUUGUUUUCGAUACAGAUGAUAUUAUAUUGAUGGAACCAGAUGAUUGCACUGAAAGCACAACAACAAACUCGCAAAAUAAUGGCGAUGCAAACGCGGGUAGUUCCUCGAGUCUAUCACAAAACGAGUCCGUCACCUUCCCAGUACCACAACAGGUAUCCAAACCAAUGAUAACACGUCCAAUCAUAAAGCGUCGCAAAACCGUUAUACAAGCUUCACCAGCGCGUUUGAAUCUUGCCAUAAACACUAAGGAAGUAACACCUAUCACCUCAACACCAGCUGAGAGCGUAGCCUGCACUGCCACAACAACAAAAUUGGUGGCGGCCUCUCCCAAUAUAUUACAAUCCACAGCAGCGCCGCCAAGGAAACCCUCCAAAACACAAUCCCUCGACAGCCUCAACACAAUUGCCACCCAAUACCCAUCCAACAUCAUCUCAAUUGGUACACAAGUACCAUCAAACACAACGAAUGUGAGCGAAGCCGCGCCAACCGCAAUUGUAACUAAAGCAACGGAGACUAUGUUGACAGUUACGGCAGCUGCGGCUACCAGUGUGUCCUCGCUAGUGGGCAACAAUACGACUACCAACACUGUUACAACGAAUGCUAGCGCAGCCGGCAGGACGACUACGCGUAACAGUAACGCAGUUAAAAGACAAAGCUCGAGCAAAUCUGCGCUUGGCCAACAGUUACUCGAAGCGAUCGGACUGCAGAAAGUCGCAGCGGAGAAUAAAGAUGUUGCUGUUGUGUCAGCCACCACACCAGCGCCGCGUGGUUCAAUACAGCAAAUACGCAGCGCCUUGAAAAAAUCUUUGCAGAAAGCACAGGAGCAACAGCAGCAGCGCAGCAAAAAAGCUCCGUCCUCGGUCAUCAUUGACGAUAAUUCUGAAGAGACGGUAAAUGUUGUGAAGGAAGUAGUGGUUCAACCACGCGCAAAAUCAGCGUCCAACACAGCAGCCGGUCCGCUAGAUGUGGAGGAGGAGAUUAAUAAAAUCACAUUGGUGUUGCAGAGCAAAGCGAAAGAAGAUAAGAAAAUCGAAGAGGCAGACAAACGAUUGACCGCGGCGGCGCCAAGCAGAAUUCCUGGUAUAAGACGAAAACUACUGCCGCCCACACGCAAUCGCAAGUCGACAGUUACACUUGUGGCCGAUGAAAUAGUUGAUCUCAUCGACGAUGAAGAAAAUCAGGAUGCUGCUGAGGGGAAAAGUGUCGCCAAAAAGGAUUUACACUGCUCCAAUGCGGAACAGGAAGAAACUGAUGUCUACCUAACAGCCACAAGCUUAGCCUCGUUACAGGGCGUUCACAAAGCUGACAUUAAAGAUGCAAAGAGUACUUCACCAACGCGUAGACGUGGAAGAAGAUUAAAAGACGAAAUUGAGUUAGAGGACGAUGAAGAUGAUGACGAUGACGAUAAGCCGUUGAAGCCCAAAACGGAAAAGAAUGCCGGCGACAGGCAUGAAGGUGAAACGCGAAACAGUACGCCGGCACCACGUCAACGCAGUCGACCACCACCGGCUAAUGGGCGCAAAGCGCCGAGUGAGCGUGACUUCGAAAAGGAAAGCGACGAUACGGUGAGCGUCAAGAAUGACAACGAAAGCACCACCAGCACAAUUGUCAGCACACGACCUUCACGCAUCAGCAAAACGAUGUCUAAAUACUACAAGGGUCCAGAUAAAUCGCCCGGAACAACGCGACGAUCUGCAGUUUCGACGCGCAGCAGUAGAGCGAGAAACUAAGUCAUCCCACAACUCGUUUUUUGCGUGCAACACAAAUGGAAGAACAGGUUCUCUUAUCAGCAGCAGUGAAUUAUUCUUAUAUUAAGCUGAAUUUCACGCUAAGCGCUGAAUAAUCAUAAUCUCUUUAUGUUACGUUAUGUUUUGCGUAUAUUAUUCUUGUGUUUAAAAACUUGUAUAUUAUUUUAAUAUUUUCUUUUCUUGUGUGUGUACAUAAUAUAUACUUUAUAUAUACAUAUAUAUAUAUAUAUUAAUUAUAGUUAAUAAAAGUAAAUAAAUUCGUAGUGAAAUAUUCAAAAUAUGUUCACAUUUAAAAUUUACUGAAUUAAAAAUCCAGAGUGUGACCUAGCAUUUAUUUGGCAGUACUUUUAGUUAAUUUUUUAUUAAAAAAUAUUUAGCACAUAACUUAGUUUUGAAAUAAAUAUAUAUUUUAGUUUGUUUCGUUUAAUUAUUAUAAAAUUAUUUAAACUUCUACAAAAUUAUUACUGAAUUAAUUACACCUAAAAUAUAUUUAACUUACACACAUAUACAUACAUAUGUAUAUAUGUAUUAUAUUAUUUCGUUUACUUGUAAAAAUAAUGAAGUUUACGCUACAAAUACAAUGAAUUGCUGAAUUUUUAAAUUGUUUCAUUCAAAAUCGAAAUUACUUCUAAAAAUUAAAAAUAAAAAACAUUUAGAAAUAUUUUUUUUUUUUAAUUUAAAAAAAAUUUAUUAAUAGUAUGAAAUUUUAAAUGUAUUUAUGAAAGUAAGCAGUAUGUGCUCCUGGUAUGUACUCGUAUAUGACUGUAAGUAUUUACCUCUACACAAAAGUUGGUAUAUACUAGCUUAUCAGCGCACAUUUAUCGGUAUUUCCCACCCACGCAUGUCACGCAACAACCAAACAGCAAUUUUACCAUGAAUUAUAUACAAAAAAACACCAAAAACACUGCGUGAGCAAGUGAAAUUAGCAAGAAAUAUUCAAUCACGCCCAAAAAAAUAAUAAAUGACCACAAAAACAUUUUUCUUAAAUGACGCUUCGGCCAUACAUCUAAGUAUGUGCAUAAAUACAAUUGAAUACAACAUAUGUAUGUAUGCCUGUCUGUAUGUAGUAGGUUUAUUGCAAAUUAAUAUGUAAGAAAUUGUUCAUGAAUUUUUCAAGCAAAAGAGACCAUUCAAAUAGUCUGCAAGAAUGAAUCGUCGCGAAAAGACGUCCAAAGUAAAUCGGUCGCAACAUAUUCCAAUAUGUAUACGAGUAUAUUAAAAUAUUUGUAAAAGCAUUAGUGCAUGUGUAAGGGCUAAGCUUUUUAGCACCUUUGGCUUAUAAAUCAAAUCUUAACUGCAGGCAGUAAACCGCUAUAUAAACAUUAAAGCAAAAAAAUAUAUAUAAUAAAUAUUUUUCGCCACAUUCGCCUUUGCAGUUGCGAAUUUAUUAGCGCAUGCAAACGAAGAAAAAAACAAAAAUGACUGCUAUAUUACUUACCUUUUCCACAACUCCGUAACAUAAGUGCCGUAAAUUUAAAAGUUCGCAUCGGUGCAACGAU